AGCUAACGCCUCACUGUGGAGCACGUCAGUUCCUUGCUGCGAAAUCAUUUUGCGGAAUGUUUUCUUCCUUUAUCCUGAGUUUUAUCGUAGUGACGUUUUCACGUCAGACGACAGCGUCGCAUUUUCGCGGUGGUAUCAUCACGUGGAAACCGGGUGGAAAUAAUUCGAAUAAGGUUCUUUUUAACUUCCGGCUGGGUUUCCGAAGAUCGUAUUCUAAUUCUUAUUUCUGUGACAACUCGAUGGUUGCAAGCCAAAGUAUCGUAGGAAGGGGAGACAGCUGGAGUGCAAGUCAUGACAAAGGAUAUUAUUCAAGUUUUACUGUGGCAGAUACUGGAUAUCAUUGCACCGAUUUCAGUGUUCAAGAGGACUGGACACAGGGGGAAAACAGUUUUGAGCAUACUUUCCCGGAUGAAGGACCCUGGCUGAUAAGUUAUUCAAGUUGCUGUUGGAUCUCCCUGGCAAAUGGAGGCAAUGGUGAUUGGUUUCUCUCAACCUCUGUCAACCUGACAAAGCGUCAAGAUAACGGAAGAAUCAACUCGUCUCCAAUCUCAGCGCUAUCUCCCAUCGUGCGACACCAGCAAGGCUGUUCGAAGACAAUCACUAUUCCUGCUGAGGACUCGGACGGUGAUAAAGUUCGCUGUCGAUGGUCGACUGGUUCUCGAAGAGAAUGUGGUAGUGUAUGUCAGAGAUUUCAAAGCGGCAAUUUGGAUGAAGAGAAAUGCACUUUGAGUCUCUAUAGCAAUGCAGCUCUUGGUUGGCAUGCAGUGGCUAUUACCUUGGAAGACUACCCAGCUUCAACGACCAACUUCCAAAGCGCCACCCCAUUCAGUCAUGUAAGCCUGCAGUUUCUUGUUCACGUGAGUCCAUCUUCCGGGCCCUGUAAUAGGGCUCCAGUCCUUAUCGGCCAAACCCCAAACGACGGGUCUUGUGAGGAAGUGUCAAAUGGUGACACUUUCAAAAGCAUUAUUGAAGCAAAACAUAUCGACUCCUCUAGAAGCAUUGUUGAGAUUAUCACUGUCACACCACUUUAUAUGGUUAUUACCGGCCUCCUGAACUACACUGAUCAGAUCGGGGACACAGUAUUCUACAGGAAUGCGUCGUGGAAUCCACGAUUAUCUCAGAAGGGACGACAUAUCUUUUGUUUCAAGGCAGUUGACAACUACGGGAUUGAAAGCGAGCAGAGAUGCAUUACCAUUAUCGUGGGAUCAAAUAACACUCCAAAUCCGUUAUUGUAUUCUCGUGUUCCUGUGGUCCCUCGCUUGUCAUGGCCGUGGUGGUUUGGAUUUGUGGACUUUAACAUAACGUUUGACCAACAGAUCAAAAGACCACGCCAUUCCAAGUUUAUACGGAUCGUCUUGGAAGACCACGUAAUAUACAAACUUGACACACGCUCUUCGAGUGACGUUACCGUUGAUAAAUUUAGCCUUAGAUUCCGCCUGCCGCAAGUUGUUCUUAGUAUGCGGGGAAAUUAUUCCAUUACCAUGGACCGUGGCGUUGUGGUGGGCCUCGGGUGUACAUCGGAUGGUCCGCCUUCACCAGGCAUGAGCUCUUUAAAAGACUGGCCUUUUGAUGUUGGAGUUUGUUCUAAGGGCACUUACAUGGAUCAUAAUUAUCGGUGUAAUGAUGUAAAUGAAUGCUCCAAGGCGCCGUCUAUUCUGAGUCGCAAGAAAAGAAAUCCUUGGGGAUGGUAUUGGCAAUAUUACACUACUUCUGCGCAAGCCAUGGUGUCAAGUAUGCAAACAAGUAGUUUUUCACCCACACCAGCUUUCGCAGUUGCUAUGACUUCGUCGAUUUCUGGAGUCUGUUCGCAUUACCUCUAUCAACAAAAUGGUCAGUUUACCAGUCCAAACUACCCUGGCCGUUACUCAAAUAACUUGUAUUGCACCUGGCUAAUUGAGGCCCCAUAUGGCUACUACAUAUAUCUACAAUUUGGAUCAUUUCAUCUUGAGAGUUGUUGUGACUGGGUUCAAAUAUUCGAUGGUAGCUCAGCAUACAGCUCUAGAAUUAUAAGCGAAAACGGCUAUCAGCAACCCUGGGGAGUGUGUAGCACUGGAAGGUUUCUGUUCGUGCAGUUCACUACAGAUUGGAGUUCUACGUAUUCGGGAUUUUCAGCAACCUACCAAGCUGUAUCACAUGCUUCCGGCGUCGGCCAAGUUUUUACUUCAGCUGUUAAUGGAGCGUGUUAUGGUAGCAGUCUCAAGCCAUCUGAAAAAUUCACAAAUUUGGUAUCCCCGACGAGAUCUUCUACGCAUAUUCCAUUGACAUCCUCAGUUAUUGGUGCCUGUUCAUAUUACCUUUACCAACGAAAUGGCCGAUUUACAAGUCCAGGCCAUCCCAACCGUUACUCAAAUAGGCAGCAUUGUACCUGGUUAAUCGAGGUUCCUUAUGGCCACUUCAUAUAUCUACAAUUUGGAUCAUUUCAUCUUGAGGGUUGUUGUGACUGGGUUCAAAUAUUCGAUGGGAGCUCAGCAUACAGCUCUAGAAUUACAAGUAAAAACGGCUAUCAGCAACCUUGGGGAGUGUGUAGUAGUGGAAGGUUUCUGUUCGUGCAAUUCACUACUGACGGGAGUGUUACGUAUUCAGGCUUUUCAGCAACCUACCAAGCUGUACCACAUGCCUCCGGUGUCCACCAAGUCUAUGCUUCAAGUGCUGUUGGAUCGUGUUAUGGAAUUAGUUCGAUACCCUACUUACAACAAACACGUGAUUCCUUAGCGAUAACUCCGACGAGGUCAUCUGCCUAUAUUCCAUGGACAGUUUCUGCUAAUGAGUGCACGAGUCACUACUUUUUGGAAGAUUUUGGAAGAUCAGUUAACUAUGUUGGGAACAAUGUCACAUGCGACAGAGGUCUUUCCCAUGGUUGGUACAGAUUUCGUGGUGCAGCAGGAACUCAAAUGCCCUCCUCCUGUGUGGGAAUGAAUCGUUGUGGAACGCAUGCCCCAGGGUGGUUAAAUGGUGCGCAUCCCACCGUAGCUGACGGGAUUGUCCGUGUCUCAGUGUGCUUCCACUGGAAUUGGCGAUGUUGUAGAUGGUCUACGACCAUCCGCGUGCGCAACUGCGGUGGGUUUUAUGUAUACGAACUAGGAUCACCGCCGUAUUGUCAUUUGCGUUACUGCGGAGCAAGUACCGUACAGUCAACUCCAGUGAUGCGUAAAUCUCUUGGCUUGAACACAUCGUCAUACGCAAGAGCAACAAGUACCGUGCAGUCAACUCCAGUGAUGAGUAUUUCUCCUGGCUUGAACACAUCGUCAUACGCAGGAGCAAACUCAUUGUACAUAAAAUCAACGGUUGCUAUGCUAACGUCUGUCGCGUCCAGUACACCAUUUGUACUACACCUACCCGCCAAUUGCCAGCAUGAUUGUGUUAACAACUGGGGAAGCUAUUACUGUACUUGCCGUCAAGGAUACAGGUUGGAGGCGGAUGGGAAAACAUGUCAGGAUAUCAACGAAUGCUUAACCCAAAAUGGCGGCUGCACCCAUGAGUGUGUGAACAUCCCAGGAGGCCACUACUGCAAAUGCCCCGAGGGCGUUACAAUGGGCUUUGAUAACAAGACGUGUCAUGAACCUGGUAUUACAGUGAAAUGCACUGAUGAAGCCAUGUUUAUUUUUCUGGAGAGAAAAUCUUUCCAGGGCUUUGAUCCAAACAAGCUCACUCUGCUUUACCCGUCAUGCCGUGCCUCUUACAACGAUUCCCACAUAUCCUUGCGAACGAGUCUCAACGACUGUGGAACCACACAUAACGAAAGUGAGGACGCGAUAACUUUCCACAACAAAGUGCAGAGUGUCCAAUCCUACUCCGGCAACAUCAUAACUCGGGAACAAAACGUGUCAAUUCCUUUCUACUGCAGUUAUGGACGUAAAGCCCAGCUUCGAAAUCCAAGUUUCCGAAUCUGGAAGAACUAUUUCACAGCUUCGGAAGGUGGAUAUGGUAACUUCACAUUCACGAUGGAUCUAUUCAAGACGGGCAGAUAUCUUACAACGUACAGCUAUAAUGACUAUCCAAUCACGGUCCAUCUUCGGGAUCGCUUGUUUCUUCAGUUAGCGGUCCGUUCAUACCAGUCUAACUUGGUUCUCUUUGUCGACACCUGCAAGGCGACUCCCUCUCCUGAUCCGUACUCAGUUCCUCAGUAUAUCUUCUUACAAAGAGGAUGUAAGCUUGAUGCUACCCUCAAUUAUUCGUACUCCAUCAGCUCCAAACAGCGUUUUAGCAUUCAAGCGUUUCGUUUUAUUGAAGAACAUCCAGUGGUACAUCUUCACUGUGAAGUUCUGGCUUGCCACCGCAACACUGCCCGCUCCCGCUGCCUCCAGGGAUGCUCCCGCUAUCGUGGACGGAGAGACGAAGUUCCUGGUUCUGAGAGUACUCAGAUGUACAAAAUUUCGUCUGGACCAAUCAAAUUCCAAAAAGGGUCGAGCGGAACGAAUAGAGAAAAAAAGAGCGAAGCUGAAACUCAAACCAAUAUGGGGAUCAUUACAGUAGCGGCGGCAUCCGGCGGAAUUCUUCUCCUCCUGGUAAUCAUUUUGGUAAUUGUCAUCAUUCGAAUCAAGAAGCGUCUGAAGGGAGCUUUCGCAGAUCGCAACAAAGUCUAUGCCAUGGAACAGUGUAGCAAAUACGUCAAGCAAGAGAACAACAACUUGGGCUUCACUCAGGAUGACGAACUGAACGAGAUGGGAGACAAGUCGUUUAUUAUGAAACCGCUUGCUUAGAAACCUCCUCUUCUAACGCCGCUAGAACUUUGCAGAGAGCUUGAUGCGAGGUGUUUCCUGAGGAUCUUCCUCACCUCGGAUACUUGUUGAGGACUGGAAUGCUCGUAAGAAAAUGUUGAUUUCACCGCCAAAACGAGACUUACCUGAAUAUAGUGCAUCAGGCUUUUUUGGCCCUAAAAAAAAUGUCCGUUAAAACAACAAAGCAAUCUUAUAGCAACAUUUCCUUAUUGAUUAAGACUACAAAAAUAGCGCGUCAGCGUUGUAUAAUGCAUUCUGUUGAACCCUGGAGCAGAUGCAUUGACAAUUAAUUAUUUUAGUGUUUCGACUGGAACACCCCAGUAAUGCCAAAAUCUGCAUCUUCUUUUUCACGUAAUCACGAGUAUUCCUGGUCCUAUCAUAUUAGAGACUCCUGGGAAAUACUGAUCGCUUGUUUCCCGUUGGUAAUUUAAGCUGCACUUGUGGCUGCAAGUGACUUAUUUUGUUUUUUUCCCGCUCUUCUAGCUGUAUGUCACAAUUUAGAUGCUUCCCUCAAAGUUACACUUCUGCUUCAGAGUGAUAGAAUGGUGUGUUGAUUACAGCCAGUAUUAAUUUGUUUUUGGGAAUGUUAUUCAAUAAUACAGAUGUUUAAACAUUGAAAAUAGGACGAGCAUAAGUGUAAACCAUUAUUACUUAGGUAGCUUUUUCGUAGAGCUUUACUACAUAAUCUCCAAAAAAAUAGCUUUUAUGAGAUUUAUUGAUGUCCUUUUGUGGAGUAGUACUAUUAGCUAUGGCUGAUAUUAUGCGUCUAAGUGUUCCUCUGUUGUUGUCAUCGCUAAGAUUAUAAACAGGUUUUCUUUUGUCUUUAAUAUAUUGUAUCUGCUCAUAUUACAGGCUGAAAUAAAGUGUAUGCUUUGAAUUAUA